UUUGGAUUGCUAAUUUCUUCUCCGCUCCUCCCUGACGACACCGAGGGCAAGUCUGCUCGCCUGCGGGCAGAAGAAGGUGGAGUGCGGCGUCAGCCUGGCUCCCCUGCAGGGAGGGAUGACGCUGCAAGCUUUUGGCUCCGGGGACUCCAGUACUGUUGCUGCUCGCAUCGAACUGUGUUGUCAAUGGAGCGUCACUUCAGUUUCAUUUCCAUCUGGCUCCAACUGGAACUUUGUGCCAUGGCUGUUCUUCUCACCAAAGGAGAAAUCCGGUGCUACUGCGACGAGGCGCACUGCGUGGCCACGGGCUACAUGUGCAAGUCGGAGUUGAACGCCUGCUUCACCAAGACCCUGGACCCCUUCGGCGCCAACUCUCCCCUGACCCACGGCUGCCUGGACCCCCGCGACGUCUGCGGCGCCCAGAGGGGCGCGGGCCUGCUGGAGUGUUGCCACGACGACAUGUGCAACUACAGAGGCCGGCACGACCUGGCGCAUACCAAGGACUCGGCAGACCAUAGCCGCUACCAGCCGGAGAGCACCAACAAGAACCUGGUGACCAGAGUCCAGGAGCUGGCCUCGGCCAAGGAGGUGUGGUUCCGGGCGGCGGUCAUCGCCGUGCCGAUCGCGGGCGGCCUGAUCCUGGUGCUGCUCAUCAUGCUGGCCCUGAGGAUGCUGCGCAGCGAGAACCAGCGCCUGCAGGACCAGAGGCAGCAGAUGCUGUCCCGGCUCCACUACAGUUUCCACGGACACCACACCAAGAAGGGCCACCUGGCCAAGUUGGACCUGGAGUGCAUGGUGCCCGUCUCGGGCCACGAAAACUGCUGCCUGACCUGCGACAAGAUGAGGCAGACGGACCCGAGCGGGGACAAGAUCCUGUCUCUGGUCCACUGGGGGAUGUACAGCGGACACGGCAAGCUGGAGUUCGUAUGACUUCAUUCCCGUCUUUCUCCUCCCGCUGGAGUUUGUAGUUUGAUUAUUUUGCCAGACUGAUCUCACGCCGUGUGGUUUUUGCCAGAGGAGCACUUUACUUGAAAAAUGAAAAAGGCGAAGGACGGCAAGGAGCCGCGUUCAAAGCCUGAGAACUCCUGGAGGUCCUGGACUUGCUGAAGGAUUCCACUUUGAUUCCAAUUUUGCACAUUUGUAGAAAUAAAUAAACGUUGUUGCUUGAAACGACAAUUUUACACUGAGCAGGGUACAACAUGGACUUAUUGUACAUGAAAUAUAUAUGUUUAAAUAUAUAUAUAUAUAUAUAGUUUGUUUAUUUCUGCUUUUAGUCCAAUGUUCAACAUCUCUGAAGAUGAGAGCGUGAAAGACUUAUUAAAAGUGACUUUUUAUUUAUUUCA